UGUCCUCUAACAUUCCAGACGUGUCGUCAGAUCAGUGCCGGGAGCUUCAGGAGCAACUGCAGAAGCGUUUGCACGCACUUCACGUUUAACAUCUCACUUGCUGGGCGUAACACUGCGUUCGGACCCUUUCUCACCUCUCUACUCUGGUCCCAUACUGACCAGCAGCUGGGCCUAAAGCUCCAACUAUGGCAGAUCAGUACAACAUCAACGAGGAGAAGAUCCUGAAGGACAGACACGCCAAAGAGAUCGACCUGAUCAACAGGGACCCCAAGCAAAUCAAUGAAGAUGUUGUGAAGGUAGAUUUUGAGGACGUGAUUGCUGAGCCUGACGGCACACACAGUCUGGAUGGAGUGUGGAAAGCCAGUUACACUACCUUCACCGUUUCCAAGUACUGGUGCUACCGCGUGCUGUCGGCAGUCUUUGGCAUCCCAGUGGCUUUGCUGUGGGGCUUCUGCUUUGCCUGCAUCUCCUUCUGCCACAUCUGGGCCGUCAUGCCAUGCAUCAAGAGCUACCUGAUUGAGACCCAGUGCCUGAGUCGAAUCUAUUCACUCUGCAUCCACACGUUCUGCGAUCCGUUGUUUGAGGCGCUGGGAAAGAUCUUCAGCAGUGUACGGGUGGCGCUUCGCAAAGAGGUGUAGAGAUCACGGAAGGAAACACUGUUUACAAAAAUUUUGCAGGGGAAAUUGGGGUUUUGUUUUGCCUUUGUUUUAUCUUUGUCAAAAGAGGUCAGAUUUUGAUAUAUUUAUGGUGGAUUUGAGUGCUGACACAGGAGAAUACGUCUUAUUCCUUUGUGUGACGAGGCCUUCUCCCUGUAAGCUCAAUAAGUAUUUUUAUUGGGUGCUAGCCUAACAGUAUUUAUAUAAUGUUGCAAAAAAGAGAUGUAAGAAGAUGAAAUUGUGGAAUGACAAAAUGGAAGAGAAAAUUACUUAUAGAAUAACACAUUUCCUAUAGUCCUGUAUUUUAGAGAAAUUAGUUAAGUCUAAGUUGUCCUGAUUUUUUUUUUCUCUCACCAUAAGUAACAUGUCUACUGUAUUCUGUGCACAAAAUAAAUUCAUUUUAAAUGGUU